CUUGUGACGGGGCAGCGGGGAGGGAACGCGCAGGGAAUGCGGAAUCCCAGUGGGGACUGUGUUUCGCUCUGGUGUCCGGUGCUUUUGGGUUCUGAAACCUCGGGCAUCCAGGGUAGGCGCUUUGGAGCUAAGAGUUCACUGCGGCGACGAACUGCCUGAGGCUGUCCUCCGGCCCCCAGGCGCCUGCCAGUCCUUCUCCCUCGCCAGUCUUCCCGUCCGGUCAUGACGAGAUUCUGGGUUUGCAUAGCCGGCGCUGGCUUCUUUCUAGCGCUUCUGGUUUUGCAUUCGCGGUUCUGUGCCUCUCGGUUCCCACCACAUUUGCACUUGGCUUUUAAAAUUUCCUGGAGAGCUGAGGAGAUUCUUUACCGGCUAGAUGUGGAUUGGCCGAAGUAUUCAGAAUACUUCACCGGAGCAACAUUUUGUGUUGCAGUUGACUCCCUCAACGGAUUGGUUUAUGUAGCCCAGAGAGGGGAUAACAUCCCAAAGGUAUUAGUGUUCACAGAGGAUGGAUAUUUCCUACGAUCCUGGAAUUAUACAGUUGACACACCUCAUGGUAUAUUUGCAGCCAGUACACCACAGGAAAAAUCCGUCUGGAUCACGGAUGUAGGAAGUGGAUUCUAUGGUCAUACUAUUAAAAAAUACAAUUCCUUUGGUGAUCUUGUUCAAGUUUUGGGGACCCCAGGCAAAAAAGGCACUGGUUUGAACCCCCUGCAGUUUGAUAACCCUGCGGAAUUACAUGUAGAUGACACAGGAGAUAUUUACAUUGUGGAUGGAGAUGGAGGAUUGAAUAACAGGUUGAUCAAAUUGUCCCAAGAUUUUAUGAUCCUUUGGCUGCGUGGAGAAAAUGGAACAGGGCCUGCUAAGUUCAACAUACCCCACAGUGUUACAGUGGAUUCCGCUGGUCGGGUGUGGGUGGCUGACCGAGGCAAUAAAAGACUUCAGGUGUUUGAUAAAGACACAGGGGAUUGGUUGGGAGAGUGGAAGAACUGUUUCUCGGAAGAGGGGCCUUCUGCAGUCAGGUUUACUCCUGAUGGUAAAUACGUGGUCGUGGCCCAGCUGAAUCUGAGCCGGCUCUUAAUCCUGGCGGCGCCCCCGGUAGGAAACAUCGGCGACUGCUCUGUGGUCAGCACGAUCCAGCUGGCCGAUCAAGUCUCCCCACAUCUCUUAGACGUCAGCAGGGAGACCGGAGCAGUCUACGUAGCCGAAAUUGGAGCAAAGCAAGUGCAAAAAUACAUCCCCGUGAAUAGUGAAGUGCUUGAGAGAUGGGAUCUUGAUUAACGAGAACCCACAGGGCACCGGGCCCUGAAGAUGCAGACGUGAAGAGGCAGGGUUGUCUGCGUGCCUUUGAGUAGCUUACAGUCCACACGACAUGGUGACAGUAACACGUGCGAUUGGACUUCUGGAAGAGGAGCGACAGGUCUGAGUUGAGGAGUCUUUGCAGGGGAAUCAGUUUCAGCUCCAACUGGAAAAACUGAGGAGGAAAAAACCAUGAGUUUCGGGUAGAGAAGUGAUGAAAAAUCGCACCGUUGCUGUGAACCUCAGCAGGCUUUCUUUUAAUGGCCCAAUUUGGCUUUGGUUGUUUAGCUCAGGGGUUCCCAGACUUUGGGCUGUGGACAGGUUGGUACCGCCUGUCAGGUCAGCAGCAGCGUUAGAUUAGAAAUAAAGUGCACAAAUGAACGUAAUGCACCUGAAUCACCCUGAAACCAUCCUCCCCAUCGCCUGGUCUGGGGAGAAACUGUCUUCCAUGAAACUGGUCCCUGGUGCCAAAAAGGUUGGGGACCGCGGCUUUAGCUGUAAGAUGCUUCAUCUCAAUCCUUAAACAUAGAAAUAAAGUGGCUGGUGUCUAAGCCCUUUAGCAAGGGAUCUUAAAAAUAACUAGAAUGUUUUUAAAGGUAGCAAGAAAAAUACAUUCUCUUCUCGGUGCCUCUUUUCUUCCUUUUUCUUUUUUUUCACAUGAACUCUGUCCAUUCCUAACUUUUGUCUGCCUCAAAGAAGUUUUAGAUUUAUUUAUAUAAGGGUGUGUGCAAAACACUUGGAGCUAUUAAGAUGAAUAAUUUCCUGCUUUUUCUUUCUGCAUCUUUUUUUAACCCAUUUGUUUUGAAUAUUAACCUCCCAAUUAAGACCAUUUUUUCAGUUUGUUCUAGUUUAUUCUUGGGUUGAAAGGAAACUUGCCAUAUUACAGUCUGUUUCGCAUCAUUCUUUGCCUUUUCUCAUAUCAGUUCAGUUCAGUUCAGUCGCUCAGUUGUGUCCGACUCUUUGCGACCCCAUGAAUCACAGCACGCCAGGCCUCCUGUCCAUCACCGU